AUUGUUUCCGUGGUUUCCGGCAUUUCUUCAAUUUUGUGCAACACAUUUUAAUUUCGACAUUCUCCGUCUAUCACCGCACCAAACCGAACAUAUUCAUCGUUUGACAGAGCUGUAGACGUCAGUUAUAACCGAGAUAAACUUUCAACGCUUCAAUCAUGAAGGAACCAGAGCAUCUCCGUAAACUUUUCAUUGGCGGACUUGAUUUCAAGACUGAAGACCAAACACUGAAAGAAUUCUAUGAACAAUGGGGAGAAAUCGUCGAUGUUGUCGUCAUGAAAGACCCGAAAACCAAAAGGUCACGAGGGUUUGGUUUUGUAACCUACUCCUCUGCCCAUAUGGUGGAUGACGCUCAGAAUGCUCGCCCUCACAAAAUCGAUGGUCGAAUCGUAGAACCGAAAAGAGCUGUCCCCAGAACGGAAAUUGGCAAACCUGAAGCUGGUGCCACUGUGAAAAAAUUGUUUGUUGGUGGAAUAAAAGACGAAAUUGAGGAAGAAGACUUGCGCAACUACUUCAGUCAGUUUGGCAAUGUUUUGUCAGUUUCAAUCGUUGUGGAAAGAGAAACAAAAAAGAAGCGAGGCUUUGCUUUUGUUGAAUUUGACGACUAUGACCCUGUGGACAAAAUUUGUUUGAAAGGCUCGCACAACAUGAAAGGCCUGCGGAUCGACGUAAAGAAAGCCCUGAGCCGGAUCGAGAUGCAGAAGCUGGGAAGCCGCGGCGGUGGCGGAGGCGGCGGCGGUUUCGGGGGCCGCGACGGCGGUGACUCGUGGGGCGGCGGCGGAGGCGGCCGAGGCGACUACGGCGGCGGCAGCGGCGGCUACGGAGGCGGCGGCGGCGGCGGCUACGGAGGCGGCAACUCCUGGGGAGGCGGAAGCUCCGGCCCGUGGGAGAACCAGAGCUACAACCAGGGCGGCGGCGGAGGCGGCGGCGGGCCCUGGGGAGGCGAUAACUUCGGCGGCGGCUACCAGCAGAGCUACGGCGGAGGCCCCAUGAGGGGUGGCGGUGGCGCUCCGGCCAGAUCCGCGCCUUAUGCACGUGGUGGAGGCGGCGGUGGCGGCUUCGGCGGCGGUAGCGGAGGCGGCGGCUACGGCGGUGGUGGCGGCGGCUACGGAGGCGGCAGCGGCGGAGGUUACGGAAGUGGCGGCGGAGGCUACGGUGGCGGCGGCGGUGGCUACGGCGGUGGAGGCGGUGGCUACGGCGGUGGAGGCGGUUUCGGCGGCAGCCGAUACUAAUCCUCCGCUCUCCUUCGCAACAAUGACCUCUCUAUUGAUAUCUCAGGUACUCUCUCUUCAGUGAUGAGGGCAUAGGCAGAAAUUAGGCAGUCAGGCUUAGAUGGUUGGAGAGAGAGAAGAGACAUCUAAGAACAGGAUAGCAGGUUGCCUUCAGGAAGGCAAGCAGGUAUGAUCAGCAGGCGUAGUGUCAGUCAGGAACAACUCAGGAAGAUUCAGUCAGAGUAAUACCACUUCGCAUCAGCGUCAUGUAUUUCUCAUAGGUGAUUAGUUAUUUUUCUUCUGUGUAAAGUAGCUCAGCAUCAAUAUUUCUAGUAAUACAUUUUUUUCCAUCUUUUAAGUCAUCUGAGCAAAGAGGAGAAACGUAUUCGAGUCUUUGUUAUAUCAUUCGAGACUUGUGUGAAAGCCUGGCUUUGCCACAACUUUUUUAGCUUCUUUUUAUGUCCUUCAAGUUACCGGGUGUGAACGAGACCUCUUUUUAAGUGUAGCAUCCUGUUAAGUUAAAUAAUCGAAGCACCUUUUUCCCUGCCUUGUCUCCAGCUCAUGACCCCUUUUAAUAUUUUCUCAUUUUCUCCAGCCUUAAACGAAGAGUUACACCUUGUCAAAUGAUUCUCCUUAAAUGAAUUCUAUAUUAUGCAAGGUAGAAAGUAACUUCUAGCAAAACAUCAAAGUCAGUGCUGCAAUUGACGCUUUAAGAAAGUUCAAAAAAGUAUGCUUUUUCCGCGUUUAUGAUGAAAAUCGGUUGAACUGAAUAUUUUCGUAACCUUUUAAAAGUAUAAGAGAGUACAUUUAUUCCACUUAAUGUGUCGGAACAUUCACUAGUAUCUCCUCCUUGCUAAUCUGCGUAGAAAUUUUUUUUCAAAAUUGCUUAAAACGGAAAUAUUUUUCUUCAGAGGAAGAUUCUAUUACGCGUUCUGUUGUACUUUGUACCAUCUAGGAGCAAGUAUAGAAGGUUUAAAGUCUUGUUUUUAACUUCAAGCUCGGCCUGAUCUCAGUUAUAUAGUAAAAAUUAUAUGUAAUAAAUGAAUUUAAAAAAAAAUAUCUCAGUUCAACACAAUUAUUCUAAGUGAUUCAUAAGAAAUAAAUAUUUGAGUCAUUUGAAGGGAGGUACCUGGGCAAACGUUCAUCAAAUUUUAAUUUGGCUGUAAUAUUUAUUUCCAAAGUCAUAAACAACAGGAUAGGAUUGGGUGUACCAAACACUACCUAUUCGUUAUGCCUAUCCGGGUAAGAAUAGUUAUAUUGCUUCUGCCGUUCCUUUUUUAUUACGUGUCUUGUCAUUUUCUAGAUGGAAGAAGGUAACUCCACUAUGAAGUUGCAAAAAUUUAUGAAACAAUUCACUUUUUUACCGGAAAUUAACUGCGAAAUUUCAUCUUAAAUUUCUUCGAUUUUAGCUAGAAGUCAAGAGAAUAAUCAGUGGAAUUGGUAAUAAAAACUGCACUAUAUUUUUUGAGUAAAAAUUUGAAUUGUAAAUUUUGCCGCUACAAAAUGAAGUUACAUUCCCUCAUUUCGAGAGUGGCUAGUUACUAUCCCCUUUCUCCCUCCGUCUCUAAAAUUUUAGUAGAAUUAGGUUAGCUAAGUUAAGUCUGGGUGACCUUGUGUGUUGGCCAAGGGCAGUUUUAGCUUUUAACUUGUUAGUUUCUCUCGUUUCUUUGUCUUGUCGUCGAAAACAUUUUAGUCCCUUCUUUUUACUAUUCCCCUUAAGGACCUUUUGUUUUAAAUUAGUACCGGGAUGGCUCCGACGCUACGCAAGCAAGACGCGGAAUUAUGAUUGAGUAGUAUGUCAGUCGUGUCAAAAAUACGUAUCCUAGCAUUAACUUCUCCGAGUUUAGGCAGCUGCUUUUAGUUUUUAAAUGACAUGAUCUAGGUAACUGAACAUUUUCCUAUCAUUUUGUGAUGACCACUCAUUUUGAAAUUCUAUUUAUAGGUACCAAACUUUUGUACGACUUUUUUGAAAUAAACAAGUAUUUUGCUCACUGA